GUAAAGCCCAAGCCAUCAAUAUCUAUACUAAAAUCAAGUGUGUUGCUCCUUCCCGCAUUUCUCUUUGCGAUUCAACUCUCUCUCUUCUUUCAGGUUUCGAUUUCUUCUUUCAUCUUCAAAGAUUCUGUUCAUUUUCCAUAUCUCGUUGUUUUCCUUUUUAGGGUUUUGGAAUGUGAUUGUGUUUAAUUUCCAUUUCGAUUUCGGCCCAAACAUUUCCGAUCGACCUGGCCUGACGAUUGCUUACCCUUUUUUUCCUCUCAUGUCGCAGAGAUUCUCAUAGUUUUUCUAUAGGGAAAGCUUGAUUUCUGACCUGAUGUCGAUCUUUGAGUAUAAUGGAAGUGCUGUAGUUGCGAUGGUGGGGAAGAAUUGCUUUGCCAUUGCCAGUGAUCGUAGACUUGGUGUUCAGUUGCAGACUAUUGCCACAGAUUUCCAGAAAAUUUACAGGAUUCAUGAUAAGCUAUUUCUUGGCCUUUCGGGGCUUGGUACCGAUGCUCAGACACUGUAUCAACGGCUUGUUUAUCAGCACAAACUGUACCAACUUCGUGAAGAGAGGGACAUGAAGCCUGAGACUUUUGCUAGCCUUGUCUCAGCUCGUCUUUAUGAGAAAAGGUUUGGUCCAUAUUUCUGCCAGCCUGUAAUUGCUGGAUUGAGUGAUGAAGACAAACCCUUCAUUUGCACGAUGGAUUCCAUUGGGGCCAAAGAGCUUGCUAAGGAUUUUGUUGUUUCUGGUACUGCAUCGGAGUCCCUUUAUGGUGCUUGUGAGGCAAUGUUUAAACCUGACAUGGAACCAGAGGAAUUAUUUGAGACCAUCUCUCAAGCGCUGCUGUCUUCUGUGGAUAGGGACUGUUUGAGUGGAUGGGGAGGGCAUGUCUAUGUUGUUACGCCUACUGAAGUAAAAGAGCGAAUCUUGAAGGGACGCAUGGAUUGAUCCAUUUUUUGAUGUUUGAAAGAUGACUUGUUUCAUGAUUACUUCAAAUUAGGCUGCAGUCCAGGGCAAUGGAGUUCACGAGUGAAAUGCAAGACUUUCAUGCUGGGCUGAAACUUGUAAUGUGCUCUAUAUAAUUUGACAUGGAAUUGGCUGUCUAGAACUGUCUACUUGAGACAAUGCUUAUGAAACAAAAUGUGCCUUUUGGUUCAAAAAUUGAUUGAUUUAGAUUCGAAAAUUUCCAAUUA